AUGGCGACCACGAUGGUGCCCGCGCCGCCCUACAUGCUGGGCGAGCGCCCCACGCCCGCGCACGGCGGCUCGGGCGCGCCGUCCUUCCGCCAGGUGCCGUUCGUGCGCGCCAGCGAGCGCGUGGAGAGCGGCGUCAAGGUGCGCAAGCAGCUGCGCAAGUACCUGAAGGCGGCGUCGGCCACGCAGCACAUGGUGGCGCAGAGCCACCUCAGCGACGCGUGUCUGCCGGCGCUGCAGCCGCAGGAGGUGGCGCAGUCGUGCUUCCAGGAGUUCUUCACGCAGAUGCGCACGUACAACCAGGUGCUGGGCAACAAGCACCUAGCUGCCAGCAAGGCGUACCUGGAUAUGACCAAGCCGCUGGAGAACUCGGGCAAGUCGAAGCGCUGGGCGCGAGACGUGUACAACUUGGUGCAGCGCUGCGUGACGGACGUGCAGGCAGCGGAGAAGAAGAUGGACAAGGCCAGACUUCGCGUAUCGCGAGCUGCCGACGAGCUGGCGCACUGGAAGAACGUGCUGGAGGCCAAUGAAGCUACCUACCAAGUGCAGCCGAACAACCCGGAGGUUAAACGCGCGUUCCAGCUAGCGCAGUACCGGUUCUCUAACGCCUUUGGGGAAGAUGAAGCGGCUGGCGCAGAAUACGACGACGCGAGGACCAUGCUGCUGAGCGCGAUUGCGAGGCGAGAUGAAGUCGUCGAAGAAGCGUCUGAGCUCUCACAGAGCGUGGAGGAAGAUCGAUUGGAUACGCUGCUCAUUGUCAUCGAGCAGUUCGUCGAGACCAAAGUGGCGAUCUUACAGGCGGAGAUUGAGGCUAUGGCCGACCUGCAGCGCACACUGAAAGCGAUGGACCGUGACUCAGUUGUGCAACAGUAUAUUGUGGAUAGUAUGGCGCCUGAACUCACGCAUCGACACGCUAAGGCUCUGAGUCUGAUGGAGUGGCACCGAGUGUCUUGGCGGUACGAACAGCAAUCGCGGCAAGCUGCCGAGCCGGCCAGCUAUUUGGCGGUUGCGGGAUCCCAAGAAGAUGUCGCGAAGCUGAAGGCCUCGGGUGUGUCUGAGAAGGACGUUGAGGUUAUCAAGGAUUUUGUCUCAAGCUGCUUUGUAGAACCCGAAGCAGCACUCCUUCCUUCAGCUACGUCGACCUCGUCAGGCAGCGCUGGUCCUUCGUCAAAGCACCGCGCCAAGUUCACAGACGCCUCCGCUUCAGCCACACAGUCCAUGUAUCGCCUUCAAGUUGUCCGUCGUGUGAUACUGGAUUGCCUCACGCAUCAACGAGCACACGAUCGUGAACUCACGCGCGAAGGUUUCUCUCGACUUUCGGCAGCUUUGCGCUUGCUGCUAGACGCCUGUGUGGCUCAACACGACACACGUACUACGAAGCACGUCAUGAACAUGCUGCAGACUUUUUACCGCAAGACCAGCAAGGAUGGACAAGAGUAUCUUCAUGCAGCGCUAAAGGACCAUGCGGCUUGGCGGGUUGCUUCAUUCUGGGGAGAUGCUUUGCUGGAAAGUGUGGCGGAGGAGGUUAGCAAGACGUCGAUGGACACUCCGUGGUACUUCCUGGCUGACCCUGAGCGUGCUCAAAAGGUAUUGGAGCUGCAUAAUGUCGUCUACGGCCAAGUGUCUGCCUACUUGUAUCACCUUUCUAGCUUUGGCUUUACGCGGCGACAGCUACUUCAGUACGCGCGUAACGUGUGUUUUGCCUACGAACUGGGCGAGGAUCAGCGCAUCAGUCUACUAGCCUCAGUUCAAGGUAUGGCUCUGGAAGCAUCGCAAGAAGACGAAUAUGAGGAGAAGCGAGAAGAGCCUAUGGGGCUGGGAGACGAUGACUGGCAAUGUCCAUCAGAGCGCGAUAGUGAAAUGUCCGACCGCGGCAUCAGCAGGGUUCCUGCUGCGCGAACGGCUGACGUUCAAUUCACCUCAUUUACGUUGCCGGACUGGUCAUCGUUCUCGAGUGGUGGUGGCAUUAGUGGUGUUGGGGCUGAUGGAAGCGUGUCGAAGUUUGGCCGAGGACGUGGAGAGUCAAGUGCAUCCAACGCAACGACUGUUAUAGAGGGCUCAACCACGGCUUCUUAUGUCGGUAGCUUGCGCGAUCUGGAAGAGAUGAAGAUAAUCGCGUCGACUGUUGUUGGUGAAGAGGGCGACGAGUCCUGGGAAAACUUGUUUGGAGCGUCAGCCCCCGCCUCAACGGCCGCAGGCGAGGAGCCCACCCCGUCGAUCCUGGGCAUUGACGAUGACGGGUCCGACGCAAGUGAUAAACACAAGGAUAAACUGAUGAAGCGGCGCAAGAAUUCGCGCAAACAUAACGAUCAAUUGCGGCUCGCGCGCAGUAUCCCUCUCAGUCUCCGCAUCCACGAGGAGGAAGCGAACGCGGCCGCGUCCACUGCAACAGCUGCAGUAUCAGCAAAGUCGGAGCAGAAGCAGCCACCGCUACCUCCGGGUCCUCCUCCGCCAUCGUCGGUCCCGAUCCUGCUACGACCCCGUUCGACAGACAACGUGUUCGUGGCAGCUCGGGAAGAGGCCGGGUAUCUACCACCCACACACAGAACCAACCUUCACAGCUUGAGGCAGGAUCACGUGUUCGCUACGGACGAGAACGGCAAUGCUAAAUCCGAGAGGAGACGACACAGGAAGCUUCACAAGGCGCGGUCCGUUGCCAGCAUCGACACGUCCGUGCUAAGGGCCGAGAAUGAGCAGGCAUUCAACAGCAGUCGCUCUGCAGCAAGCGCUGCCUCAGGCAUGGACCAGAUCAAAACGAUCGCCGCUCGAAUGAAGCAGAGACGCAAGGAGAACAGCAGCGGCAACAUCAACUUCGUAGCGCUGACACGCGCUCAAAGCGACGCAACCGAAUCGGCUUCUGCAUCAGCUAAUGCGUCCAGAGACCCUCCCACACCGGAGAAGAAGCCGGAAACGACACUGUCAGGCGUAGCAGCUCUGCGCGCUCGCUUCGAGAACAAAUGACCCACUAAGUAGAAUAAAAGGAGUGAGAUCAGCAAAGCGAAGAUAAAUUACCUUCACUGCUAGACACAUGAAUGCGCUUUCGAGGAAGAGAAACAAGUUAGUUUAGCGACUGUCAUCU